AACCCCCGCUGAGAAGAGCCCGCCCCCAGAAGCGCGCCGCCGCCGGCCGUCGGGGCCGAGCCGCAGCCGAGCGGCCGUGGGCCCGGGCGGCGGGCGGAGACGCUGGCGCCCUCCCCGCUACGGCCCGCGUGAGACUUGUUACUUAUAUGUGACACCAUUCCAGCACUGAACUCAUGGAGGCUGAACAUUUAUUCAGAUCUUUCCCGGAAUCAGGGGCUUUUCCAUUGAGUCGCCUGUGCACAUCAGAUGACCAGAGUACUGGGACUUCAGCUUCAGUCCUUCCAGUGAAUAUUCAGGGUUGAUCUCCCUUAAGAGUGACUGCUUUGAUCUCCUUGCUGCUCAAGGAACUUUCAGAAGUCUUUUCCAGCACCACAGUUCAAAAGCAUCGAUUCUUUGCUGUUCUGCCUUCUGUACAGUCCCGCUGUCACAACCGUACGUGACCACUGGCACGGAUCUUUAUUGGCAGAGUAAUGUCUCUGCUUUCCAACACACUGUCUAGGUGGUAACGUUGACCUCCGAGUUCAUCACAGUGGACAGUGCACACUUAGCUGCGUGGUGUUUACGUUUGCAAGAGAAGGCGUCUUGAAAUGCCGUAAGCAAUAGCAAUUGCUGUGAGCAUCAGCCAACUCCCGUGCCCUCCCUCACACACCAGUGAGUCCCGUGGCCUCCCUCACACACCAGCGACUCCCGUGGCCUCCCUCGCACGCCGGCGACACCGGUGUCCCAUGGCCUCCCUCACACACCGGUGACUCCUUUUAUAGAAUAGAAUGGCUUUCUCAUGCCUCCUUGAUUUGGAGAAUUGGAGUCCAUAGAGGCUACUGUAUUCUAUUGAAGAAGAUGUCUAACAGCAACACUACUCAAGAGACCCUGGAAAUAAUGAAAGAAUCGGAAAAAAAGCUGGUGGAAGAAUCUGUAAACAAAAACAAGUUUAUAUCUAAGACUCCAAGCAAGGAAGAAAUUGAGAAAGAGAGUGAAGAUACCAGUUUUCGUCAGGAGACACAGAGGCGGACAUCCAACCACGGUCAUGCCCGGAAAAGAGCCAAGUCUAAUUCCAAGCUGAAAUUGGUGCGCAGCCUGGCGGUGUGUGAGGAGUCGUCCGCUCCGUUUGCUGACGGGCCGCUGGAAACCCAGGAUAUAAUUCAAUUGCACAUCAGCUGCCCCUCUGACAAGGAGGAAGAAAAGUCUACAAAGGAUGUCUCUGAAAAGGAAGACAAGGACAAAAACAAAGAAAAGGUCCCGAGGAGGAUGCUGUCUAGAGAUUCCAGCCAAGAAUAUACGGACUCCACUGGAAUAGACCUACAUGAAUUUCUUGUAAAUACACUGAAAAAGAACCCAAGGGACAGAAUGAUGCUGCUAAAAUUAGAACAGGAGAUUCUGGACUUUAUUAAUGACAACAACAACCAGUUCAAGAAGUUCCCUCAGAUGACCUCAUAUCACCGGAUGCUAUUACACCGGGUAGCUGCCUAUUUUGGGAUGGACCACAAUGUAGAUCAAACUGGAAAAGCUGUCAUCAUCAACAAAACCAGUAACACAAGAAUCCCUGAACAGAGAUUCUCAGAACAUAUAAAGGAUGAGAAGAAUACAGAAUUUCAACAGAGAUUCAUUCUUAAGAGAGAUGAUGCCAGUAUGGACCGAGAUGAUAACCAGAUCAGAGUUCCAUUGCAGGAUGGAAGGAGGAGCAAGUCAAUAGAAGAGAGAGAGGAGGAAUAUCAAAGGGUCCGAGAGAGAAUAUUUGCCCGAGAGACUGGCCAGAACGGAUAUCUAAAUGACAUCAGACUCUCCAAAGAAGCCUUUUCUUCUAGCUCUCACAAGAGAAGGCAGAUUUUUAGGGGGAACCGUGAGGGGCUGAGCCGCGCCUCAAGCAGCCGCCAGAGCAGCACAGACAGCGAACUCAAGUCCCUGGAGCCACGGCCGUGGAGCAGCACGGACUCCGAUGGCUCUGUCCGGAGCGUGCGGCCCCCUGUCACCAAGGCCAGCAGCUUCAGUGGAAUCUCCAUCCUCACCCGGGGUGACAGCAUCGGGAGCAGCAAAGGUGGCAGUGCAGGAAGGAGCUCCAGGCCAGGAAUGGCGCUAGGUGCCCCAGAAGUGUGCAGCCAGGUCACCUCGUCCCAGUCUGUCCGGGGCCUUCUCCCGUGCACUGCCCAGCAGCAGCAGCUUCCUGCCCUCCCGCCCGCGCCUCAGCAGCAGCCGCCCUUGAGUAGUCACGUGAUCUCACAGCCAGUCCCGGCUCUGCAGCCGUCUCCGCAGCCUGUUCAGUUCUCUCCAGGCUCCUGUCCCCAAGUUCUUCUGCCAGUCUCUCCGCCCCAGCAGUACAACAUGGCAGAUGAUCUCAGCAACCCCUUUGGACAAAUGAGCCUUAGCCGCCAAGGUUCUACUGAAGCAGCUGACCCGUCCUCAGCUCUGUUCCAGCCCCCACUUAUCUCCCAGCACCCUCAGCAGACUAGCUUCAUCAUGGCCUCUACAGGGCAGCCCCUCCCUCCUUCCAACUAUCCCACCUCUAGCCAUGCACCACCUUCUCAGCAAGUCCUGCCACCCCAGGGCUACAUGCAGCCCCCUCAACAGAUCCAGGUGUCUUACUAUUCCCCUGGACAGUAUCCCAAUUCCAACCAGCAAUACCGACCUCUGUCUCACCCGGUGGCCUACAGCCCCCAGCGUGGUCAGCAGCUGCCUCAGCCAUCCCAGCAGCCUGGUUUACAGCCCAUGAUGCCUAACCAGCAGCAGGCGGCUUACCAAGGCAUGAUUGGGGUCCAGCAGCCACAGAACCAGGGCCUGCUCAGCAACCAGAGGAGCGGCGUGGGGGGCCAGAUGCAAGGCCUGGUGGUUCAGUACACUCCACUGCCUUCUUACCAAGUCCCAGUGGGUAAUGACUCACAAAACGUGGUCCAGCCGCCUUUCCAGCAGCCCGUGCUGGUCCCUGCAAGCCAAUCUGUGCAGGGGGGCCUCCCAGCAGGGGGUGUUCCCGUGUAUUACAGCAUGAUCCCGCCCGCUCAGCAGAACGGCACCAGCCCUUCCGUGGGGUUUCUGCAGCCUCCUGGCUCUGAGCAGUACCAGAUGCCUCAGUCCCCCUCUCCCUGCAGCCCGCCGCAGAUGCCGCAGCAGUACUCAGCUGUGACUUCAUCAGGAGGAACGGCCCAAGUCCUGGCUGGCUGGCGUUUUCCAGAGGUGUUGGAACUGACCCCCUCGAGAGGAGUGUCAGCUUCUGGACCGGGUGUGGUGGUCAUGCAGCUGAAUGUCCCUAAUGGACCCCAGCCUCCCCAGAACCCGUCCAUGGUCCAGUGGAGUCACUGUAAAUAUUACAGCAUGGACCAGCGGGGUCAGAAACCUGGAGACCUGUACAGUCCCGAGAGUAGCCCCCAGGCCAGCACGCAGAUGAGCAGCAGCCCGGUCGUGUCGCCUACGCAGUCUCCAGCACCCUCUCCUGUCACCAGCCUCAGCAGCGUCUGCACAGGACUCAGCCCCCUUCCUGUCCUCGCACAGUUCCCCCGGCCCGGGGGUCCCGCCCAGGAAACGGUAGGAGCAGUAUGCAUUGUUGCAGUCCAUCUCCAAAGCCCCAUGAAGUCUCUCAGAAGUCACACCAAGCAGCGCAAACUCCCGGAAAACCAUCCGUGCUUCCCCCCAGGUGACGGUCGCUACUCCCUCUUGGGCCAGCCGUUCCAGUACAAUCUGUCCAUCUGCCCGCCCUUGCUCCAUGGCCAGUCAGCUUACACGGUGCACCAGGGGCAGAGCGGAUUGAAGCAUGGAAACCGGAGCAAGAGACAAGCGCUCAAAUCUGCCUCCACUGACCUGGGGACGACAGACGUCGUUCUGGGACGGGUGCUGGAGGUGACAGAUCUCCCGGAGGGCAUCACCCGUACCGAGGCAGACAAACUCUUCACUCAGCUUGCCAUGUCCGGCGCCAAGAUCCAGUGGCUCAAGGAUGCUCAGGGGCUGCCUGGUGGGGGCGGGGGGGACAACGGUGGGACUGCUGAGAACGGCCGCCACUCGGACCUCGCUGCCUUGUACACCAUUGUGGCUGUGUUCCCCAGCCCCUUGGCUGCUCAGAAUGCCUCCCUUCGCCUCAACAACUCCGUGAGUCGCUUCAAACUUCGAGUGGCCAAAAAGAACUAUGACCUGAGGAUCCUGGAGCGAGCCAGCUCCCAAUAAAUGGACAAGAGAAGGGACCAGCAUGGCAGGGGUGGGGGCAGGGUGGGGGGGUCAAGAGGUCCUGUCAGACCACAGACAGAGGCAGAAAGUAAGAUAAGGUCCACAGACAGACACUAAACUGGAGCCUGAGACCAUGGGGAUGCAGAUGGAGACAGACAGACACUCACGCUGGCACUGGACUUUCUCACUCCCCUGCCAAGGGUCCCUCCAUUUCCCUGGUUGGCCCAUGUCCACUUCCCUCUCUUUCCCAUCCUCUUCUAUCAUUUUUUAUCUCUUCUCUCACCAUGAAAUUAAUUCAUAUUUUUUGGUCAGGUAGAAUUGGGAGGGUCCCACACUCCCCCGUUCUCCUAUUUCCUUACCAUCCCAAGCGCCCUUUUCUUUUUUGGUCUUUAUGAAUAUAUUUAUAUGGACAGAAUUAAGAAAAACAAAAUUGAUUUCCCCUUUCUCUCACCCCAUCUUGUCCCUCCAAACUCCACAGAGUUUAAACUUGGGCCUCCUUCCACCCCCCCAGAACACUUGUAUAUUGUUUGUUUGAGGUUUGUGCCGCAGUAACAGACACAGUAUUUAAUUGCACAUACAGAUGUUUGCUGGGUAUAUUCACUGUAAAUUUUAUUUAAUCUGAUUUUUUGUUUGUUGGGGGGUUCUUUGGGGGGAGGUUGAUUUUGUUUUUAAAUAUAAAAAAAAAAUCUGUCACUGGA